AUGGACACGCAUGCUACUGCUACGGCGGAGAGAGACAUCGACGUGGCAAAUCUCAGCGCGUCGCAGGACACAGAGGACGAGAGAGAGCGCAAGUCACUGGAGGGACAACUGAAGGGCGACGCGGCGGCACAUGGGGAUCUGCAGGAGCGCACAGGGGCCGAGGACGACGAGGAGGGAGCAGACGAAGAAGACGAAGACGAAGACGAAGAAGACGAUGAAGAAGAAGAGGAGGAUGGAGAAGACGAGAUGGACAGUGAAGAGGACCAAGUGGCGCGGUCAGACAGCGCGUCAAUGCUGCGUAUGAUGCAGAGUCUCCCGGAGAACGAGGCCCGACGCCACGAGCAGUUUCGGCGCUCCCAUUUCGAGCGCGGAGUGAUGAAACGCUGUAUGGCUCAAGCGAUCCAGGAGUGCUCGGCGACGGACAAGAGAGCACCUACUGUGACGAACGUUAUGGCGAUCGUCGUGGCGGGCAUGACCAAAGUGUUCGUGGGUGAGAUCACGGCAGAAGCGCGGAAGAUCAUGGAAAAGAACGGCGAGACGGGACCCAUUCGUCCACGUCACCUUCGCGAAGCGCAUCGCAAGUACUACAAGCGUCGACCAUUGGCGCGGGGUCGCAACAUGCGGCGUCUGCUUCGGUAA